CUCAGUCCCUAUGCUCUCAGUAAUUUUUACAGGAUUCGAAAUUGAUUGGAGCCAUAGGUCACUAGAUAGCACCAUACUGUGACAGGCUGCGAUUCGAAUAGUAGCCUGUGAAAACAUGCUAGGUCUUGCAGCCUAUGAAAGCAGCAGUGAGGAUGACGCUGGUUCCAAUCCAAUUUCCACAGUGUCCCAGCGAGAAAGAAAGGAGCACCUCUUUCCUCAGGCCUCACAGGCAAACGCACACUCAGAGCUCGAGAGAGAAACAACAUCAGAUCAUGGGUCCACGCCAGUAUCUUGUAGGCCUAUUUUUGGCCCACCACAUGUGAACCUUCACGAUGCACAAAGGGCUCCAUCGAAUCACUAUAUGACGUUGUCAGCGUCUCGUACAAUCAUUCAUGACCUAACUCUCCCCCCGGUCCCGAAUCUAGACAUACCUCCAUCACCUCCAGGCUCGCCCGACCCCUCUACGGAUGCGAAGUUCACCCAUUUCCUGUCACUGAAGAAGCAAGGUGUCCACUUCAACGAGAAGCUCUCAAGUUCCGCGUCUUUGAGAAACCCGAGUUUGUUGAAGGCGAUGAUGAACCAUGCGGGAAUUGAUGAUGGGGCGCAAUAUCACACUUCGCUAUCGCCAGCCCUAUGGAACGCAUCAGACUUACCAAGCUGGGGCUUUAAGGAGGAGAUUUUCAAGGCACAGCGAGAACUCCAGAAAGCAGUGGAUGAAGGGAAGCCAGUACGACCAAGGGGCAGUGUAUCCUUCGUGGCUGCUACAUCUUCCAUCUCAUAGGACUGCCGCAUGUCCGAAAGUCAUAUCAAGAUGAGACUCGUAGUGCGAUAAUAGUUAUAACUUUGCAGCCUGUCUAAAACGACGGAAAUAGAUUCUAUAGGGUGGGAUUGCACCGGCAUCGAUGGAGGUCUCUGUGCGUUCCAUAUUUACCACAGAGACAGUGAUGAGCUUUCGACUUUCGAUCUCAUACGC